GUCUGUGAGAGGCAGGGGCAGAAGUAGAACUGAAAUUGGGCUGGCUCCCAGGCCCUGCCCUACCUCCCCCCGCCUCAUGUGCGGGGACCAGCGCUGUUCUCGGGACUUGCGCUUGGUGGGAAGGAGGCAGAGACAGUGGGGUUUGCGGAGACUCACGUCUGGUUUGAACGGUCCCAGGACCAGCUGCUCUCGGGCCACCCUUCAGGGACAGCAGAGCGAGGCCCUGGAGGGGCUGUUCCCCUUCCUGUGAGGCCAUCCAUCUGGGACCCGUGACCAGGAACACGGGGCCUGGGCCGUACCACACCCCGUGCAUCUGUCCGUCCAGCACACUCUGAGGACGUUGUAAGCUGACUGCACCGCUGGGGACCAUGGCAGGCAGCGCCAGGACCCCGACCCUCACUGCCCUUCUCUGCCUCGGGCUGUGUCAGGGCCUGUGGGACCAGGUGCUCGCGGGGACCCUCCCCAAACCCUCCAUCUGGGCUCAUCCUGGCCUCAUAAUCACUAAGGGGAGGCCUGUGACCAUCUGGUGUCAGGCGUCUCUGCGGGCUGACGGCUACUAUCUGUAUAAAGAGAGGGUCCCUGAGCCCUUCUGGGAGACCUCACCGGAUUCCAGCAACAAGGCCAGUUUCCCCUUUGCAUCCAUGAGUUCACACAGUGCAGGGCGAUACCAGUGUGUGUAUCACAGCAGGAACAGCUGGUCACAGCGGAGUGACUUCCUGCGCCUGGUGGUGACAGGAGUGUAUGGCGCACCUUCUCUCUCAGCCAACCCAGGCCCUGUGGUGGUCUUGGGAGGGACCGUGUCCCUGUCCUGUAGCUCACAGGUGAUAUGGGGGUCAUUGCAUCUGCUGAAGGAGGGGGGAGCUGAUACGCCCCAACACGUGGAAUUGACGUCCCAUCCUGAGACGUACCACGCACUCUUCCCUGUGGGCCCUGUGAACACCUCCCAUGCGGGGACCUACAGAUGCUAUGCUUCUCCCCAGUCAUACCCGUAUAUGUGGUCACAGCCCAGUGACCCUCUACACCUUCAGGUCACAGGUGAGGGGGCCCUCUCCCCCUCCCCACCUACCUCCUGGGCCCAGAUGACUGACCUAAGCCAUAUGCCCAGUGGAGCCCUGGGGUUGAUGGGGGGUGGGUGACGCUGUCCUCCUGGGGCCAGACCCACAGGUGGGAGGCCUU